AAUAACUGGAUAUAAAACAAAUAUUUUGCCAAUUGAUCGCUCUGUCGUACUCCUGUAAGUCGUUUUACAAUGGAUACUCCUUUGCUAUUGACGCUGUUAAUUGCAAUUGCUGUCACAGUAGUUGUAUCUGUUCCAGCCAAACCUCAUAAGGAGGCAAACAAACGAUGGGACUAUGAUAAUUAUGGUUGGUAUGGGGAUUAUGAUAAUUAUGAUUUGUAUGAUGAUUAUGAUUGGUAUGGUGACGAUUAUUGGGAUUACUAUGAUUGGUACGACUGGUAUGAUUACAAUGACUGCGAUCUCACAGAUGCAAAUGUCAAAGAAUGCAUCAGUGGUGACUGUGUCGAUGUUAAUGACAUAUGCAGUGGAGUUGACAGUUGUUCCAGUAUGGAAAACGGUUGGUUCUGUACAGUUUAUGCACGUGGAAUAGAGAAAGCCAGGGAUUCUAUCAAAAAAAGAAACUUGGGAAAAGGUGUCGAUGACAAAAAGCUUAAAACAAAAGUCUACCAGCUAAUUACAAGAAAGAUAAAAGCGACAAAACAAAAGAAGGAGAACAGUUGGUUCAGAAAUGGUAGGAAAAACACCGAGCAGAAUCUAAAGAAUAUAAGACGUCUUUUGUCAAGAAAACCAACGGGACUGAAGGAACGUAUGCAUCGUGCAUUCGAAGCAAAAGCCAAGCCAUAAAACGAACUUAAGAAGUAAAUCAUUCGAUAAAUAUCAGCAUCUUUCAAUGUAUCUAAAUGUAUCAUUCAUUAUUGAAAGAAACUUUAACGCAAUAGGAUAUUUUUAAAUAAAAUAUUUCGGAUCUAUAUUAUCUUUGCCACCAAAAGUGUGGGUUUAUAAGAUCGAAUGCGUUCUGUGUACAGUUAUCAAAUCUGCUGUGUUAAACAUUUGAAAGUCUAGUAUAGAACGCUAGUAUGUAGAUAUUCCUACGUUUCGUUCAUACAAUAAAUAUGGUGUUACAAGAAAUUUCAUGUGUGACGAAAUCAUCUAUCACAAUAAUCAAAUAUAAAUUAAAUAAAAUAUUCAAGUCAUA